CUGAGGGGAAGGCGGGCCUAGGCGGGGCGGCGGCCGAGGCUGGACUGGGGCGAGGCGAGGGCGGCGCCCCGGCUCCUGCGUGGGCGGCGGGCGUGAGAGUGCGCGUGUGGCCUGGUGGCUGUGAGUGCCCGACAGCGAGGAGCGAAGACCAUGGGAACAGAGUACACAGGCGAGAGUGACAGAUGACGGAUGCAGCUGCAGGAGUGGACAUUGAGGUUUUGGGUGCUGUCCUUUGGGGUUCAGGUGCUGGAGGACGAUGUCUCCCGUUUCUAAGGCUAGUGGACCCGGAAGUCCAACGAUUUGGAGGGUCAUCUUGGGUCGGAGUGGAGCUGGGUUUAGCUAGGGAGGGACCUUGACUUGGCCAGAGACACCUAACCAGAUACCUAACUCAGGUCCUUGGGAUAUCACUAAGGGCCCAGGGGAGAGAACACUACCCGUUAUAUUACCCAUUAUAGCAUUACCUCUGGGUAUUCUGCUGCUCUUCAAGGAAGAGCUCAGCAUUUAGAUUUUUACUCUCCAGAGCGUUGUCCCAUCUAUCACUAUAGGAUGGGACUUGGGAAGAAGGCGAGAUUCACAGCUUCACCACAGCCUUACUGUGGGUUAAUCACGUUCUGAUCAAUUAUGGAAGAUAUCCCCAUUCCUUGGGCUUCUCUCCCUCCCCUCUGGCCUCCCACUCCAAUAAAGAGAAAGGGGGAAGAAGGGCUAUUUUUAGCCAUAUUGUUUUUUGCUUGUUUAGCUUCCUGUGUGCAAUAGUAAUAGCUAAUGUUUAAUGAGUGUUUAUUAUGUGCCAGACACAGUUCUAAGACCUUUUGGGAGCAUCAACACCAAACUUCACAACAUGAUGAAGUAGGAACUACCUUACCUCUUUUUUACAGAUGAAGACAUUGAAUCAUAGAGAGGAUAAGUAAUCACUAGUAAGUGGAAGAACCGGGAUUCAGAUCCAGAACAGGCUGACUCCAGAGUCACUGGCUGUCAUGUAGUCUCCUCAACUACUGUCUCAGCUCUGCAAUGCCAGAGUAAAGCUCUUUUCCAAAUGAAGAGCCAGGAAGAGGUAGAGGUGGCAGGAAUUAAACUUCGUAAAGCCAUGUCCCUGGGUUCAGUGACUUUCACAGAUGUGGCCAUAGACUUUUCCCAAGAUGAAUGGGAGUGGCUGAAUCUUGCUCAGAGAAGUUUGUACAAGAAGGUGAUGUUAGAAAACUACAGGAACCUAGUUUCAGUGGGUCUUUGCCUUUCUAAACCAGAUGUGAUCUCCUUACUGGAGCAAGAGAAAGACCCUUGGGUGAUAAAAGGAGAGAUGACCAGAGGCCUGUGCCCAGACUUGGAGUGUGUGUGGGUGACCAAGUCAUUAUCUUUAAACCAGGAUAUUUAUGAAGAAAAAUUACCCCCGGCAAUAAUAAUGGAAAGACUUACAAGCUAUGACCUUGAAUGUUCAACAUUAGGGAAAAACUGUAAACGUGAAGACUUGUUUGAGAGGGAGCUUGUAAACCAGAAGACACAUUUUAGGCAAGAGACCAUCACUCAUGUAGAUACUCUUACUGAAAAAAGAGACCACUGUAACAAGUCUGGGACAGUUUUUCAUCUGAAUACAUUAUCUUAUAUAAAACAGAUUUUUCCCGUGGAAGAGAGAAUGUUUAAUUUUCAUACAGAUAAGAAAAGCUUAAAAACACAUUCAGUUGUGAAAAAACACAAGCAAGACUGUGGAGAAAAGAAACUUUUAAAAUGUAAUGACUGUGAGAAAAUAUUCAGCAAAAUCUCAACCCUUACUCUUCACCAAAGAAUUCAUACAGGAGAGAAACCCUAUGAAUGUAUUGAAUGUGGAAAGGCCUUUAGCCAGAGUGCCCACCUUGCUCAACAUCAGAGAAUACACACAGGAGAAAAACCUUUUGAAUGUACUGAAUGUGGGAAAGCCUUCAGCCAGAAUGCUCAUCUUGUCCAACAUCAGAGAGUUCAUACUGGUGAGAAGCCUUAUCAGUGUAAACAGUGUAAUAAAGCCUUCAGCCAGCUUGCACACCUUGCUCAACAUCAGAGGGUUCAUACUGGAGAAAAACCCUAUGAAUGUAUUGAAUGUGGGAAGGCCUUUAGUGAUUGUUCAUCCCUAGCUCAUCAUCGAAGGAUUCACACUGGGAAAAGACCCUAUGAAUGUAUUGACUGUGGAAAAGCUUUCAGGCAAAAUGCUUCUCUUAUACGUCAUCGGCGAUAUUAUCAUACUGGAGAGAAACCGUUUGACUGUAUUGAUUGUGGGAAGGCUUUCACUGAUCACAUAGGACUUAUUCAGCAUAAGAGAAUUCAUACUGGAGAGAGACCUUACAAAUGUAAUGUGUGUGGGAAGGCUUUUAGCCAUGGCUCAUCUCUGACAGUACAUCAGAGAAUUCAUACAGGAGAGAAACCUUAUGAAUGCAAUACCUGUGAGAAAGCCUUCAGCCAUCGUGGGUCUCUUACUCUUCAUCAGAGAGUUCAUACUGGAGAGAAACCCUAUGAAUGUAAAGAAUGUGGGAAAGCUUUCCGGCAGAGCACGCAUCUUGCUCAUCAUCAGAGAAUUCAUACUGGAGAGAAACCUUAUGAAUGUAAGGAAUGCAGCAAAACCUUCAGCCAGAAUGCACACCUUGCACAACAUCAGAAAAUACACACUGGGGAGAAACCUUAUGAAUGUAAGGAAUGUGGUAAGGCCUUCAGUCAGAUUGCACAUCUUGUUCAGCACCAGAGAGUUCAUACUGGUGAGAAGCCUUAUGAAUGUAUUGAAUGUGGGAAGGCCUUUAGUGAUGGCUCAUAUCUUGUUCAACAUCAGAGACUCCACACUGGCAAAAGACCAUAUGAAUGUCUUGAAUGUGGGAAGGCAUUCAGACAGAGGGCAUCCCUGAUUUGUCAUCAGAGAUGUCAUACUGGUGAGAAGCCUUAUGAAUGUAACGUUUGUGGGAAAGCCUUUAGCCAUCGUAAAUCCCUUACUCUACAUCAGAGAAUUCAUACAGGAGAGAAACCUUAUGAGUGUAAGGAAUGUAGCAAAGCCUUCAGCCAGGUUGCCCAUCUUACUCUCCAUAAGAGAAUUCAUACUGGAGAAAGGCCCUAUGAGUGUAAAGAAUGUGGAAAAGCGUUCAGGCAGAGUGUACAUCUUGCUCAUCAUCAGCGAAUUCAUACUGGAGAGUCAUCAGUUAUUCUCUCCUCUGCCCUCCCAUACCACCAAGUCCUGUAGAUUCAAUCUUGUAAAUGCUUCUAGAAUCCAUCUGCUUUUUUCCGGCACAUGUUCCAUCAUCAUAGUCCAAGACGCGAUCAUCUCAUCUGGAUUUCUGCAGUAGCAUAACUGUUGCCCCUUUUGCUCCUAUCAAGUACAUGUUUAACACUGUAGGCAGCCUAACCUUUUAAAAAUAAAAAUACAUACUUACUUUCCCAUUUAAAACCCUUGAUUUGGAAAAUAUAUUAAUCCAUUUCAAGGGUUUAGCACACACUGGCAUAUAGUUAUUGUUAAACAAAUGCUAGCCAUUAAGGUAAGGUUUCCUUACAAACGGUCAUAUUAAGCAGCAAGUAAACCAAACCAGUAAGUCAAGACUAAGAUUUUAGCCGGGCGCGGUGGCUCAAGCCUGUAAUCCCAGCACUUUGGGAGGCCGAGACGGGCGGAUCACGAGGUCAGGAGAUCGA